UAGAGUUUCGGUUGAAGUCUGAGCAUAGUGCUCCACGUGUGUUGUUUUGCUUUGUUAUGCAUUCAUGUUAAUUAUUGUAGCAUGGUGAAGAAUAAGAAAAAUAAAGUGCCCGAUUCGGGGAAACAAGCGGGAAAACCUGGACAACGUCAAAGUAAUGCCAAGCUCCAGAGAGAUGGUAAACCCAAGAAAGCCAAAGAGGUGGACCACAUUCAACACAUCCCCUUCAAACUACGAGAAAUAAUGAAGGCUAAGGACAGAAUGAAAACUGGGUCCCUAAAAGUCAAAAAGCCGAAAAAGGAUAAAUCAGAGUAUUUUCUAGAUGGAGACAUACCUGUUCCACAUUUCAAGAGAGGCAAACGGGAAAGCGUGAAAGCUUACGUGCAGCGGAUGGAGCGUGAGACAAAACAUGUCAUGUUCCUCUCCAAAAACCAAGUAGACAGGAAGCCCGAAAUGGAUGCAAGCGAACAAGAGAGGCCUGCACACUGCAAAUCUGAUAAAAAGAAGGAGUAUGGUAAAAUGAAGCUACAGAAGCUACAGCAGAAAAAGGUGAACAAACAAGAGGACAAGAUGGAAGAACAGAUGUUUAUAGAUGAUGUUCCUUUUGGUGAGGUUACAAUGGCCCCUCCCUCUUUGAGUGCCAAACCAAGGAAAGCUGAAGUCAAAUCUCAGAAAGCAUCAAAGGAGCUGCUCCUAAACUCUCUUCUUGGCCAUACUGCAGUCUCCACUACAAAGCCCUCCAUGGCCAAACAGAGAAUCAUGGAGGAGGAGCGGGAACGAGCAGUAGAGGCAUACCGUCAGCUGAAGAAACAGAAACAGCAGCAGUAUGAAGCUAGGACUGCAAGCAUGAGAAAACUCAAAAGCCUUCAUUAAUGUCGCUUUUCACUCAGCUCAUCUGCAGUCAGUGUUCCUGGCAGCAGCAGGGCUGAGCAGUGAUCUGUAGAAACUGUCUAAAUAAGAUGGAGAGCUAGCCACAUUUGAGAUUAAUAUCUGGAGGAACUUUAUGCAUCCAUAGGCCACUGUUGGAGGCUCCUGUAGUUCAACAGGUACAGCAGGCUGUUUGCUUUUCAUGAAACUGGCAACAUACCACUCCCCCACCCACGCUGUCUAAAAGAGGGGGAAAAUGUGUAGUAUUCAAAUGUCUGUGUGUGCAAGGGUGGAUGUGGCUCCUUGUGUAAAGCGGUUGGUUGGGAAAACUUUAAGGGCACUGUAUAAUUCCAUUUUAUCUUUAGGUACACUAAACAACACUGCCGCUUUCACAACGUUGUUAAUUUAAAAGAGUGAACGGCUUUCAAAGUGCUUUGUAACACUGCAGAGUCAUUUCCCAAGUCCGAUGGAAAAUACAUGGAGAUAUUUUG